GUGGGGCUGCGGUCGGGGCGAGCGCCCUGUGGCUGCCGGUGUCCCGGCGAUCCCCGCGCCCCGCUGCCUGUGUGUAUGGUUCCUUCCCCGGGCUGGGUCCUGCAGCGCCCGCUAUGCCCCGAUACUGCGCCGCGUCCUGCUGCAAGAACCGGGGAGGCCAGAGCGCCAGGGACCAGCGCAAGCUGAGCUUCUACCCGUUUCCACUUCACGAUAAAGAAAGACUUGAGAAAUGGUUGCGGAAUAUGAAACGUGACACAUGGACUCCCAGUAAGCACCAGCUCCUGUGCAGUGACCAUUUUACCCCUGACUCCCUUGAUGUGCGAUGGGGAAUUCGAUAUUUGAAACAUACUGCAAUACCAACUAUUUUCUCUUUGCCUGAUAAUCAGGAAAAAGACCCUUCUCCGCACAAGCCACAAGAGAUAAAAACAGAGGAUGGGGAGGAAAUCAAUGUGUGUGUAGAGUCAGAUAAUGUAUCUGCAUCGUUUGAGCCUUGUUCACCAAAGAAAAGUGUCACAAUUGCAGAAAGGCUAGAUGAAAAAACUGAAGCAAUUUGCUUAUCAACCCUGAGCAAACCUUCACAAAAGAAAGUGCCAUUUCAGAACACAGAAAACUUGCAAGCAGGCACCAUAAUUCUUAGUUCAUCUGAGCAGCAUAUUCAACAAACACCUGUUUUAAUGGCAGAAGCUGUCCAGAACAUAGAUGCAAGUAAUGUUCAUACGUCGGUAGAGAAUCUUUUAAGUUGUACAGCCACAGUUUUGCAAGUUACAGACCCUGAAUACCUGGAUUCAUCUUUGAAAUUUAAAAAUGCAGGUGGACCAAUUAUUGACCAUCUAGCUGAGAAUCCUAACUCACAUAUUGCAGUCUGCUCUGUGGAAGUACAGCCGAGUGAAAACACAGUUUUUUUCAGUACAAUCACGCGAACUAUCGAACAAUUGAAUGGAAAUGAGGAAUCUGUCAUUGCUAUCAUUGUACCUGCUGAGUGUUCUAAAGAGCCUUCGAUGGUAAGUAGUUCUUUCAUGCCUAUUAAACAGGAGUUCAUAGACAUGGAAGAAAUAGAAAUUCAAAAAUCUGCAUAUAUAAACAAUUAUGGUGAAACUGAAGUAUUACAAACUGAGCAUUCCUAUUGCAGACAAGACCUAGACAGGGAUCAUCUCUGCCAAAAAAUUGCAAAGCUGCAUUCUAAGAUAACACUCCUUGAAAAACAGGAAAGAAAAACUUUAGGUAGGCUCAAAUCCCUGGAAGCUCUUAUUGGACAACUAAAACAGGAAAACCUGCUUUCUGAAGAAAAGCUCAAGAUUGUAGAAAAUUGUUUCACAACAUUUGAAGUGACUAUGAUACAAUAAAAUCUUUAAAAUGAGUGUUCUAACAUGA